AUGCGUCCUAACCACUCGCACAACGGCAUGUCGUGGACUCCGGUGGACUUUACCUGUGUUCGCUACUCAGCAGUGGAGGGCACACACUAUUUCCAUGACUCCGCUUUUCCUACCUCGAUACAAUUCUUGUUGUCGGGUCGCUGGGAGCCUUGGGACGUUAGCUACGUAAAGUACAAGGCCCAGGAUCCAGAUGUCCGACGCGUCGCGGAAGAAGCAGAAUUGCGACUCGUUCGGGAUCCUUACUCUGGAUAUACUCCAUGGCCAUCUCCGCCUCCCUCUUCCACGGGUCCUCCCCCACUAGCUCCACUGCACGGCCACAACCCAUCUCUACCAAAUGUCAACCAAACCACAGGAGCAGGCCUCAUGACACCUUCUCCAUCUACGGUAGUCGAGCAUGCUCCUCCGGGAUCGCCACGAGAUCACAGUACGCCUUCAUCCGCGACAACUGCAAACGUCUAUGCCUCUCCAUAUGCAUAUCAGCCUACCGCACCGAUUGGUUGUACUACAAUGCCGCCAGAAUCAGCCCCUACUGCCCAGACAGCUCUGGAAGAUAAUGGUCACCCAGAUCACACUAAUGCGCACCCGCCGUCUUCACAGUACAUCGAUCCUGCUCUCCGUGAUCAAUCAGCACACCCAAUACCAGCACCACAAGCGAUUCUCUCGAGGACGAGAGAGACAAAGAUCCUGCUCUCGAUCGACGGCGACGGAAUUCGAGGACUGUCUGCUCUCCUUCUAGUCGAAUCGCUGGUGAAUGCAAUAUGUAUCAAGGUUGGACAGCGCCUCGACAGCCAUCAGAUCUUUGAUUUGACGGGUGGCAGUUCUCUUGGUGGAAUAAUAGCCAUUAUGCUAUGUCGGCUUCGAAUGCAAGCUCACCGAGCUAGAGAAGCAUAUAAGCAAAUUGCCAAACAAGUGUUCGAGAACAAGAGAGCUUACUUCAGAUAUCUCGACCCUCAUGCACAGGUAAAAGAUGUCGACGACAAAGCACUGGAGCAAGAGAUCAAGAACGUGAUUCAGAAAGAGCUAGGCACUUCAGACGAGGCACUCCUAGAUGGACGGCCAGACUCCGGCGAUGUUUUCGCGAUCACGACACAGAUGGAUAUCGGCACCAACAAAGCUGCUCUGAUACGAUCAUAUCAAACACGGCGCAUAACUGGACCGGACUUGGAACCAAACAUGCCCAUAUGGCAAGCGAUGAAAGCGACUUCUGCAGCCCCACGAUACGUGCAAUCCGAGCCCGGCGUCCCGCAACGCUUCGUGAUUGAAAAAGGCCUUGUCGACCAUGGGACUACAAAGAACAAUCCGAUUCGCGAUAUUCUAUACGAGUGUAGAAAGCUGUUCCGAUAUGCCAAUGACAUGAUGAUCAUCGUCUCAGUCGGAACCGGCGCCGGUCUCGACCGGAAAAAUGAAAUCCCUGAGAUGGCAAACAGCGUCGAGGAUAGGAAGGCCGAAGCAAGAACUUGGGGCGAGAAAUUUGAGGCCGAACAUGCGGCACUAAUGGAGCGGAACUGGAUGAAGUACUUUCGGUUCGACGUGACGGGACUUGAAGAUGUGCCACUGGAGGAGUGGAGUCACGAAGAUCUAAUCAAAGAAAAGACAUCGGCGUACCUGGCCCAGCCAGAGGUUGGACAGAGAUUCUAUGCUUGUGUCGACGCGAUAACGGCGUUACUGCUGAGCCCGCAAGGAAGGUAG